AUGAGCGUGCUGAGGCUGCUCUCGCUGCUGCGCAUCGUGCCAGGAAGUGUGAUGAGGUGGGAACGUCAUUCUGGGAAGACAAAGCAAGCAACAGUCCAGAUGGCGAUUACAAAGAGAGAGCCAGCCGAGCCGUUUAAAAGCUGGCGAGUCGACUGGGUCAAUUACGGGAGGUCCGAUGUCUAUGAGAACAAAUGGAAGCUCAGAGAGCAACGGUUCCGAACGUGUGUGAAAUCUCUCCUUUCGGCUUUGAGCGUUGAGAAGGCUGGAUGCGAAGCUCGAUGCUGCUUCAGUUGUGCCGAGACGAGACGAUUCUUUGUCGGCUACCACGACGAUGAAAUCUUCGUGAUGAGAAAGCGUCGAGGCAUGAGAAGCCGCGAACAACUGCAGCUUCCCCAGAGAGAAUGCUUUCGGCAGGCUUGCGCACACGAUUUUACAGCACCAUCGUUCGUCAACAGCACUGGUCCAGCAGAAGCAUGUCAUACGGUCUAG